GAGAUACGGAAGCGGAUUUUUGCAGGAAAGAAAACCACAACCGAAAAAAAUCAUGAUCUUGAUCCUGUUGAAGAUAUGAACGGUGACGCCUCGGGCAAAAAAUCGCCAAAGAACUACAAUGAUGCUCACGAAGUCGACGUCGGCAAAGUGGUCUUCCUCAAUGAAGACGCCAACGCUGGGAUGAAUAAUGCAACCCUGGCAAAACAGCAGUUCCUGGAGUCGGCUUUCGCCACCUCCGAGGCCGACGCCCUUGAUACGCUGAUCGCCUUCCCAGCUGAUAUUGAGCCCUCCACUUUCAACAUGGCACUCCAUGCCCAGCGGUACACGUACUUAACGGACAGUCUGCUGCGGUCCACGUGGCCGAUCUUUGGUUUGCUCGCGAAACUGCCGACCUGGGAGUCGCUCGCGAACAAGGUACUCUUCGAGGCCUUGCAGUGGAAGCGCCACCAAGCCGGCUUCACGACCACCGGGAGCGCGCACCUGCCGAGCGUUCCCGUGACCAUGGACUCGCCGGUCGCAGUCGUGGAUCUGCUCACGCACCACCCAGCGCUCCAGAACCUCCUGACAUGGCUGUUCUUGUUGGAAAAGUAUCCGGCCCUACGCGUGUUGGAUGUCGAUAGUGGUGGGACGUCUCUUGAGGACCAGGAACACGAAGGUCCUGCUCCUGCUGCUGCAACUAGAACUACCGGGCAGCACAAUAAGACUCGUCUGCAAUACGCGAAAGCUCACCUUCCGGACAUGUUUCUGCACAUUUUGCAGACAACGUUCCAGCAGUUGCUCUACUAUUACAACCUGCGGACCGUCGGCAUCGGCGAGACGCUCCAGGUGUUUCGCAAGUUGCGCGGCCAGCCCUACCCCCACGGGCGCAUGCGAGAGCACUUUUUCUCCUCAGAAAAAGCGCACUGGUACCGGCUGUUCCGCGCCAUUGACGGUGACGUGCGCCUGUCGGACCCGGUGUUCCGCUUCUUCACCAUGCUUUGCCCGCCGGUGCACGACACGCUUGCCAUGCCGGAGCAAAACGUGAACAUUGACGCGGCGACUGGGAAUCCGAGUACAACAACUGCGGGUAGAAGUACAACAGCUGAUGACAAACAAAGCGCAGGGGCGACCGAGCGAACGCACGUCGAGCACCAGCACUCUGUCUACCACCUCGAGUCGGUCGUUGACAUGGCAAAAUAUGAGGCGCGCGCUCGGGAAAAAAUCGCUGCGGAGAUGCUCCGCUUCGGGCCGAUUGAAGUGGACGACGUCAUUAGCAGGCCCGGAAACUUUUCCCGCCGAGAAGAACGCUUGCAGGGUUGCUUGGUACAACCUCCGCGGGAAAAUGGCAAAAUGUCCCUCCAGACUUUCGUGACCUGCCCUGCGAAUCGGCGAGUCACCGACGAGAUCUUCUCUGACCCAGCGCUGCAACGCGUCAUUUGGAUGUUCCUCUUCGUGGUGCUGCACGAGAUCCAGUCGCUGUACUUUGGAAAGAGCGUCUGUGAGAUGGAGGACGUGGUGGAACGAAGCCCAAGCGAGAGCAGUGGCUCAAGUGAAACCACAGUACUAGAGAACUCACCGCCUUCCGCCACUGAACACAGAGCAAACUCUGACCAGCACCCGCUUCUUCAACAUAAGAGCCACGACCGCAUUGGGAUGGUGCUGAGCCGGUCGGCGCCCCACCCCUACUACGUUUGCAUCAGUCACGACAACGUGGAAGCCAAUCAGGAGGCAGGGGGAUUCUUCAAAUUUGGGUAUUAUAUGGGCUCGCGACAUUUCGAUGGUAUUUUCAAGCAGCAGGAGCAGUCGCUAGGGUACGGAAUAAAACUGCCGUCGCCGCACCUGGCAGGAGGAGCAGAUCAGUACAACAGCACAGCAUCACUCGAACUCGAUGACACCUCCCACGAGCGACGAGAGACGAUGAAUGGCGGCGUGUCCCCUUCAUCUUGCAACUACGUCGUUGACGUUGGCGCCAACCUUGGCAUGUACACAGUUCCCCUUGCGUUGCGGGAGAAAAAUUUGAAAAUAAUUGCUGUAGAGCCCACAAAAAGCGCCGCCUGGGAUUUAUCCAAGACGGUUUUGGUGAAUGGACUGCAAGACCGCGUCCGAGUGAUCCGAAAGGCGGUUACAGACACGAGCGACACCGCAGAACUCGUGUUCCGCGACCAGGGCGGCGCGCACACGGGAAACAUCCUGCUCUCACCCGAGGAACUGGCAAGGCCCGAAACGACGUGGGAGGGUGAAAUGAUCUUGGCAGGAGAGCAUGCAGUGGUCACAGCUGGAACAAGUACAAGUGAAGAUAAAACGCGUGAAGCAGGCGAGACCUCCUCCGAGGCUCCUCUUGGAGAUGCUGCAGGUCCUGAUCAUAAUUUAAAUGCCACCUACUACACCGUCCCGACGACCACGUUGGAUCAGUUGCUGAAAGAUUACGUGUUGCCUGACCCGGACUACCGGGGUAUCUGCCUGUUGAAAAUCGACGCGGAGUGCCAGGACUUGGCGGUCCUGCAAUCCGGUGUCGCUUCGCUUCAGGCGAAGCAACCAGGAGUUGCAUCUGCCGACCAAAGAACGAGACCGGUCAUCUUGAUCGAGCUCGCAAACGCGUAUUGCACCCGGAAACUCCGGCGAAACCGCGCGGAAGCAACGUCUUCCUCCCUCGACGCGAGCGGCGGAAGUAAGUUGCUCCGAGUUUUGCAAGAAAACCUUGGAUACCGAUCCGUGCAGAGCUGGAACGAUUUUGUAGAUCUCGACCACAUCGAGUAUCAGGAGCACUACCCUGAUUUGCUAGUGCUGCUGCGCGACCUGGGCAUCGGAAUCUUCUCGGAAUAUUACUACGCGGAUGUCAUGUGGGCUGCCGCGGUCGAAACUAGAAGUACUACAGUUUUGCCAUCGACCAACGCUAGCACAACAGAUCCCUUGCUGCCGGGGACCUCCGCUUACAGAGAUGCUCUGCUCCCUCGCGUCCUCGUCGAAUACGCGAGCGAUUCCGCGAGCUUCCAAGAGGAGCUGGGCGCCGUAUUGGUCAAGACCGUAUUCGCAAGCAACUACGUGACCGAGAAAUUUUUUGCGGAACCGGUACAGUAUGACAUCGAAAACCAGACAAUGACUAUCCGGGCGCCGCCGACGGUGAAAUUUUUGUUGGAAAAGUAUGGGAAUCCACUGGAAGAAGUGGUCUAUUCAGAGAGAUCAUCUAGUAGCGCACCUGGCCCGGCACCUACGACAAAGGCUCUUUUGUCGCAGCUCAAUCGUUUGGCCACACGACUAUUGGAGCUUGCGCUUGGCGGGCACGCUCGUCCUUCCUCCACGAGUUUUUCUGAGGAUUUUCCCUCGUCCGAAAUCCGCGUCUCCGUCAUUGCUCCAGCCGUUCUCCAAGGCGUCGGGAAAUUAUUGCUCCGUGUGAUAAAGACUUCGUUGUCAGAUGACAUUGAAGAAAUUGAUGUCGAAACAGGACGAGACAAUGACGUGGAAGCCGCAGUCGAAUCCCCUGCUGAGCAAGGUUUUUCUUCACAAGGCGGAGCACCUCCAAGCUUCAACUUUCACAUACUCGCUGCGUGGAUCGCAGAGCUGUUGCACAGAAUAUUCAUUUCACGCCGCUGCGGCUGCUCCUUCCGAUACACCGCGAACGAAGCCCAGUGCUCUGAUGAGGUUGAUACGCUACUGCGAACCAAUUUUGAUGUUGAGGUCGACGAUGGUGGCAACAAGCAGAAUCAUUCCGAUUCGUUUCACAACGGCGUCAGAAGAGUUUUCGAAUUUUACAUCGGCGCGGUCCUGCUGAAAUUCGAAAGGAGCCUGUUGUCCUCGGAUGCUUCUAUAAUUGAUGCACUGGACAACGACAAUUCCUUAUCUGCCUCCUCUGGUGCUAUGAUCAACGAGCCAAAAAGAAUUGCGGCAUCAUCGUCCACGAUGAACCAAUUUUCUUUCUUCCAGUCGCUCGUGAAAUUCUCUGCAGAUCCGAAGAUCCUUGCUAAGACACUUGCAGACCAGACCACAGCGCACGACAGGGCAUUCCUCCUGUGUGCGACCGUCUGCAACCUCUACGUGAAUCUCGCGGGUGGCGCAGGUUGUCGCGCAUUUGAUGUUGAGUACGUUCAUCUGCCCCCAGAGAACGAGGAAAAUCGGGAGGAGCAGCAUCCACUUGCUUUCUCGUGCCGACUUUUGAAUGAUUCGCGUACGUUUCAAGGGCACGAAAACGAGCCAAAUUUUCUGCCGUCUAGGAAGGUAACGUUGCGACGAGGUACGAACUUCGACGCGGCAACUGUGGGCAUCAAAUCCCGUGCGGGAGAAAUCGAAGUGGAUCUAGUCGCGUGGCCGUGAACGUGAUCAUUGAAGAUCGACAGAUUUUAUGAUUUUUACACGCGACGACCACGAGACCCCUGACAAAUUGUAGUAGAACAGGAACAGACAGCCUCGCAUGAUGAGCGCACAAAAGCAUCGCCCUGAUCGUCCUCCAGGUCGAGGAACGCCUUUUACCGGCGAGCGAAGUACAGAAGCACGUCACUAGUGUUCACAGAGUCGUUACUUGUGGAAUUUUUCGAAAAAUUUGCAAUUGUUUUUCAAGCUAAGUACUUAUCACCCUCAGCUGUGACUAUGUACAAGUAUCGAUCUUAUCGCUCUCGCCAAC